AUGUCUACAACGACCCUCGCGAAGGCGCCAUCUAUGACCGUGACGCGAGAUAUCACAUCCAUCUCCAUCCCCGAAGUCGACGAGAUGCAGACACAACUAGACCGCAUCGCCCGGUCGAACCGCACCCAAUACGAGAAGCGAGUCUGGACCGCAUUGUGUCAAGUACCAAAGGGCCGAGUCACGACAUACGGCAUCAUGGCCGCUCAUCUAAAGUCCUCGCCACGCGCCGUCGGCAACGCGUUGCGCCGGAAUCCUUUCGCACCGCAAGUCCCGUGUCACAGAGUCGUUGCCACUGGCGGGGCUUUGGGAGGCUUCAAGGGCAAGUGGCCCAAGGACGGGGAGGGCAUCACUCUUGAUGAGAAGAGGAUGCUCCUGAGGAAAGAGGGCGUCAAGAUUGACUCGAGCGGUCGGGUGUUGGGGUCGCCGUUUGUGGCUUUUGUCUGA